GUGCCGCGUCCCGGGCCCCCGCAGAAGCCCCGCCUGGCCGCGCUGUCACUCACCGCCCCGGGGAGACGCUCCAGCUUCGGGAAGGCGGUGGCGGCGCCGGGGCUCGGCCGGGUGGGUCCCCCCGCGUGCAGGUAGAGGCCGUGGCGGUGCAGCCAGACUGGACCCCCCGGGACGACAGCGGGGCUGGGGCCGGGAUUGGCGGCAGCGAGAGGGUUAAGGGGGGGGCGGGGAGCGGGGCGGCGAGCCCAUUCCGUGUGAUCCGCUCCGCGCUUUGCGGGUGGCCACGUGGGCACCGGCGGGAACCGGGGCGCCCCGUUCUGGCCCGCGCCUCCCAUCGUGCUCCCCCCCCGCACCCCGCCGUGCCCCGCCAGACCGCGGCCGUCGCCCGUGCCCGGCUCCAUGCUGCCUGCCUGCCGGGACCCGCUCCGCCAGGCGGAUCCGCCCCAGGUUUUCCAGCCGUCCGUGGCGAUCCGGGCUGUCGCGCCGAUCCCGCGCUCGGGGCUCCGCUCCGCGUUCCCGCGGCAGCCGCUCAUGAGGGAGUCUCGCGAGCCCCGGCCCCACCGCGGCCUAUGAGAGCGCGUCCCUCGCUCCGCACAGCCAAUAGGGCGCCGCCGCCGCCCCCCCGUCGGCUGGCAGCGCGUUGAGGGCUCCGAGCGGCGCCUCCAUUUAAAGGGGCCGCGACCCGAAUCCGGGUUCUGGGUAGAGCGGGCGGUGCAGCACCGGGAGAGCCAGUUGCCAUCUUCUAAAUGGAUUCCAGUGAAUUUUCAGGAUCUCUGGACCCCCUGUCCUUGCCUGACAAACCGCUCAUUGGUGACCUCCCUGCUGACAUGGAGUUUGGUGAAGAUCUCCUGGGCUCCCAAACAGCUUCUACCCAGGAAGUUUCAGUUCUUCAGCCCCCUGGCUGGGAUCAAUCCAAGCGGAUGACUGCAGAUGAGGACUUGGACCUUGUAGUGAAAGCAGACAGCGUGUCUGAACUAAAUAAAUCAAAUGACUGUGUUCUAGAUAAACCUGGUGUCUUGGAUGUGCUGGAGAAACCUGGUGUCAGGGAUGAUUUGGGUAAAACCUCUGACUUGGUGGAUAAACCAGAGGGUCUGGAUGGGCUGUGUAAGGCACAACCUUCCCAGGACGUGGAGGGUGGACCAGCAGACUCCUCUGCCCUGUCUAGAGAAGCUGUUGGUCCAGAAAAAGGGAAAGAAGGGGAGGAUGCACCAAAAAAUUGUUCUGGGGAUGUAAAGGAAGAUGGUGCUGCUGCUAUUCCUGCACUGUCUGGUGACAAUGCCCCUGAAUCACCCCAACAACCUGUCCCUGACUCCAGGGACCUCAGCAGUGCCCCGGCCAAGGAAGAAAUCACAGCACAGUCCUCAAGUCCCACAGUGCCCCCACCCCAACUCAGUCUUAAACAAACAAAGAAGAUGAAGUUGAAGGCACCAAGGAAAAGCUUACCCUUGCAGAGGGAAGGGCUGGCAGGGGAGGCAGAGGUGCAGCAGAGCCCAGACAGCAGAACUGCAGCUUUGCCCCCUGAGCCUGUGGAGAAAAACCGGGCAGAGGAAGGGGAUGAUAAUGGGAAGAACUCACUCAAAGAAAACAGUGCACUCAAAGCACAGGAAGCCUUACCACCAGCAGGAGAAAGCCUGUCUGGGAAGGGAAGUGAGCUGCCAGCUGAGAAGGAGCAGAAAAGAAGUGAACGACCCAGAAGAUCAGAAACUGUCAGGCCUGAGACUGUGAACUCCUCAGAGAGCAUUCCAGUGUCUGAUGAAGACUCUGAUGCGAUGGUGGAUGAUCCCAACGACGAGGAUUUCGUCCCUUUCCGGACGCGGCGCUCCACGCGGAUGUCGCUGCGCGCUCAGAUGGCGCAGCGAGCCGCCCGCUCCUCCUUCACCAAGAUGACGUGUGCCAACUGCCGGACCCCGCUGCAGAAGGGCCAGACUGCCUACCAGAGAAAAGGCCUUCCUCAGCUCUUCUGCUCCAGCUCCUGUCUCACCACCUUCUCAAAAAAACCACCUGGCAAGAAGAUAUGCACCUUCUGCAAAAAGGAGAUCUGGAACACCAAGGACUCUGUGGUUGCUCAGAUUGGUUCAGGUGGCUCUUUCCAUGAGUUCUGCACCUCUGUCUGCCUUUCCCUCUACGAGGCCCAGCAGCACAGACCAGCACCUCAGUCUGCAGAUGCCUCGGACACCAGCCGCUGCAGUGUUUGCCACAAACCUGGCGAGAUCCAGCACGAGGUCAGCAAUGGCAACGUGGUUCACCGCAUCUGCAGCGACGCCUGCUUCACCAAGUUCCGGGCCACCAAGGGGCUGAAAACGAACUGCUGUGACUACUGUGGACUUUAUAUCUACAACAAGGGCUUGCCCCUGGAGUACCUCUUCCAUGAAGGCCAGCAAAAACGCUUUUGCAACUCUGCAUGUCUCAAUAGUUACAAGAAGAAGAACACGCGGGUGUACCCCUGCAUGUGGUGCAAGACACUGUGCAAGAACUUUGACAUGCUGCCCAACGUGGAUCGCAGUGGCAAGAUGGGCCUGUUCUGCUCCAUUUGCUGCACUACCUCCCACAAAGUGAAGCAGUCAGGCUUAGUUGGUCCCCCUAGACCCUGCAGCUUCUGCAGAAAGAGUUUAUCUGAACCCUGCUAUUACAACAAGACAGACCGGGUUGUCUACCAGUUCUGCAGCCCCAGCUGCUGGACCAAAUUCCAGCGCACCAGCCCCGAAGGUGGGAUCCACCUCAACUGCCAUUACUGUCACAAUCUGUUCAGCGGGAAGCCGGAGAUCCUAGACUGGCAGGACAAGGUGUAUCAGUUCUGCUGCAAGGACUGCUGCGAGGACUUCAAGCGGCUGCGUGGGGUGGUGUCUCAGUGCGAGCACUGCAAGCAGGAGAAGCUGCUGCAUGAGAAGAUCCGUUUCUCUGGAGUGGAGAAGAACUUCUGCAGCGAAGGGUGUGUGCUUCUUUACAAACAGGAUUUCACCAAGAACCUGGGCCUGUGCUGCAUCACCUGCACCUACUGUUCUCAGACCUGCCAGCGGGCGGUCACCGAGCAGCUGGAGGGCAGCACCUGGGACUUCUGUAGUGAAGACUGCAAAAGCAAAUACUUGCUCUGGUACUUCAAGGCAGCUCGGUGCCAUGCCUGCAAGCGUCAGGGGAAGCUGCUGGAAACCAUCCACUGGCGGGGGCAAAUCAAACACUUCUGCAACCAGCAGUGUCUGCUGCGAUUUUACAAUCAACAGAACCAGCCCAACCUGGACACGCAGAAGGGGCCCGAGAGCCUGCUGAACAGUCAGACUUCAGAGCCGAAACCAGCUGUCCCUUCCACACAGAAGGCAGAAACUAACAUGCUGUCAGCAAAGGCCUCCUCAGCCCAAAGCUCUCCAGCUGUGCCGCCUCCCGCCCCACCUCUGGUUCCAGCCACCCCUCGGAAAAACAAAGCUGCCAUGUGUAAACCCCUGAUGCAGAACCGGGGUGUCUCCUGCAAGUUUGAAAUGAAGUCCAAAGGAUGUCAGACAGAGGCUGACUGGAAGCCCCAGCUGGUUGUGUUGCCAAUCCCCGUCCCAAUCUUCGUGCCUGUGCCUAUGCAUAUGUACUGCCAGAAAGUACCUGUGCCUUUCUCCAUGCCUGUCCCGGUGCCUGUGCCAAUGUUCCUGCCCACCACACUGGAGAGCACAGAGAAGAUUGUGGAGACCAUUGAGGAACUGAAGGUGAAGAUCCCUUCCAAUCCCCUAGAGGCUGACAUCCUGGCCAUGGCUGAGAUGAUUGCAGAGGCUGAGGAACUGGACAAAGCCUCCUCAGACCUGUGUGACCUGGUGAGUAACCAGAGUGCAGAGGGUCUCCUGGAGGACUGUGAUCUGUUUGGACCAGCACGGGAUGAUGUGUUGGCUAUGGCUGUCAAGAUGGCAAAUGUCCUCGAUGAGCCGGGCCAGGACCUGGAGGCUGACUUCCCUAAGAACCCUCUGGACAUCAACCCCAGUGUGGAUUUCCUCUUUGACUGUGGGCUGGUGGGACCAGAUGAUGUGUCCACAGAGCAAGAUCUGCCUCGAGCUGUGCGGAAGGGGCAGAAGCGCCUGAUGCUCUCUGAAGGCUGUUCCCGGGACUCGAUGAGCAGCCAGCCCAGCUGUACAGUGCUCAACUACUCGUAUGGUGUGAAUGCCUGGAAGUCCUGGGUACAAGCCAAGUAUGCAGGGGGAGAAAGCAGCAAGGGAGAGGAGCUACGCUUCCGCCCCAAGCCCAUGAGGAUCAAGGAAGACAUCUUAGCCUGCUCAGCAGCUGAGCUCAACUACGGCCUGGCGCAGUUUGUCAAGGAGAUAACGCGGCCCAACGGGGAGCGCUAUGAACCAGACAGCAUCUAUUACCUCUGCCUUGGCAUCCAGCAGUACCUGCUCGAGAACAAUCGUAUGGUGAAUAUAUUUACAGACCUUUACUACUUGACCUUCGUGCAGGAGCUGAACAAAUCCCUGAGUGGCUGGCAACCCACAAUCUUACCAAAUAACACAGUUUUCUCCCGUGUCGAGGAGGAGCACCUCUGGGAGUGCAAACAGCUGGGUGUUUACUCACCCUUUGUGCUUCUCAACACCCUCAUGUUCUUCAACACCAAGUUCUUCGGGCUGCAGACAGCGGAGGAGCACAUGCAGCUCUCCUUCACCAACGUGGUGCGCCAGUCCCGCAAGUGCACCACAGCCCGUGGCAUGACCAAGGUGGUGAGCAUCCGCUACUACGCUCCUGCCAAGCAGAAGAAAAGCCGAGAUGGCGGCUCUGGAAAACGGAAGCGUGAGGAGGAGGUGCCGAUGCUGGAGCAGCGGGAGAACAGGAUGAAUCCCCUCCGAUGCCCAGUCAAGUUUUAUGAGUUUUAUCUCUCCAAAUGUCCCGAGAGCCUGCGGAACCGCAGCGACGUGUUCUACCUGCAGCCCGAGCGCUCGUGCAUCGCCGAGUCCCCGCUCUGGUACUCGGUGAUCCCCAUGGACCGCAGCAUGCUGGAGAGCAUGCUGAACCGCAUCCUGGCCGUCAGGGAGAUCUACGAGGAGCACAGCCGCCUCAGCAGCCUGGAGGAUGAUGUGGACUAAGGCAGAGGUGCUGCUGGACUGGCUGCACUCCAGCCCUGGACACCUCAUCUUGCUGCUUCCCAUUGCAGGGCAGGGUCCAUGCAGCAUAGGAAGGGAUGGUGCUGCAGCAGUGCUGUCCCUGCAUCAUUACCAGACUUGGACCUCCCAUCCUGCUCGUUACAGGCAUCCCCUACAUGCGUGGCCCCCACACUCAGCUCUGUCUCCAGUUUUGGCUGCUGGGUGAGCCAUCUUCCCCAGGGUCUGUUCCCAUGGCACAGGAGUGGCAGAGUCCCUGGUGCAGCUCCCCUUGCCCAGCCCUGUCCCUCCCCUACCCCCAGCCCUGCCACUACCCCUCUCUCCCCGUGCCCCACAGCAGGAAUUGCACAAAACACAUUGUCCCAUUGGACCAGUGGCCCCCAAAGCUUUUACUUCCCUCUUCCUUUAGCAUUCCCUCACAAGGCUGGAGGUAUCAAGGCAGGAACAGCAGCUCUGCUGCUGGGGCAGGAUUGUCUUUUCAAGUCAGUGGGCACGGGCCACAGGCAGCCUGAGAGCUGUUGGGUAAGGGGGAGAACUUUUGUCCUGGGGUGGGAGAGAUUUGGGUUGGUUGCAGGGAGUGGAUGGAGCUUGGACUGGAAUUCAUGGCCAGAGAUCUGGCCUUGCCACAGGGAUACCUCCCUUGUGUGCAGCCAGGAUGCCUCCCUCUCUUUGGUCAGUGUUUUCUGAGUCUGCUGAAAACUUACGGAGAUGGGUCUGUACUAGUGCUGCCCCUCUGUCCCCACUGUUCCCUGUCAUGGUGUAAGGACCCUCCCCUGUGCAAGGUGCCAUCAGUGGAAACCUCUGCUCCAGCCAGGGGCCCAGGCAUUUGCUGGCAGAAGCAGGGAGCCCUGUCUGGCCUCCCUCUCCCUCCCACAGCCACAGGCUGCCACUACCCUGCCCAGGGCAAGUCUGGCUCCAGCUGUGCCAUUCCGUGCUGCCUCCUGCCCUUCUCGUGUUCUGGUCGGUUUUCUUGAGCUGUACAUGGGUCUCCUGUUGAGCCUGUAUAUAUUGUUCUGGGCCCUGGCCUGGGGCCAUCUGUUCUCUGUGUCCAUGUGGAGAGUGAGCUGCUCACCAGUCUUGUUGUAGUGAUGCCAGGGCAGUAGGACUAACCCUGUGUCUCUG